AGGUCUGAAAUGGUAAACUUUUUGAUAUGAAGUUACCCAGCUUUACUGUAAUAUUUUUUUCAGAAACUGAGGAUAAUGCGGACAUUGAUGAAACGAAUGAAGGAUCAUCUCUUCUCCAGCAAGUUGUUGCUAAAAGACUUCAGUUUGAAGAUGGGAUGUUUGAUCAUUCUCCAAUUGAUGAGGAUGCCGAGUCUCUCCUUGCUGACCAUCCAAAUGAUACAACAACCUUUGAAUCUGUCAUUAAGUCUGAUCCAGCAGCAGAAGGUCUGGACAGUUGCAGCAGUGAUGUGUCUAGUGUUCGGAACUAUGAAUCAAGUAGUUUUGGGUCUGAGUUUAGCUUAAAGCAGGAAGGAAGUGAAUUGAAAACAGAAUUGGACUGCGAUGAUGAAGAGAAACCAUUAGGUAAGUUACAGUUUUAUGAAAUAAGUUCAGUCUUUACUAUUUCCUUGUCAUCCAAUCUCCUUUUUCAACCUACUGUAAUUUGCUGUUUUGUAGAUGUGGUCAGUAAUCAGUAAAUGUUAACAGAAAAGCCUGAAAAA